GCAAGAAAAACAAGGUGCGUGUCUACUAUCUGGCCUGGCUGAGGAACAAGAUCCUCCACAAUGAUCCUGAGGUGGAGAAAAAGCAAGGCUGGACUACUGUGGGGGAGAUGGAGGGCUGCGUGCACUAUAAAGUGGUGAAAUAUGAGAGGAUAAAGUUCCUGGUGAUUGCUUUGAAGAAUGCCGUGGAAGUGUAUGCUUGGGCGCCCAAACCUUAUCACAAAUUCAUGGCCUUCAAGUCUUUUGCAGACCUGCCACACAGGCCUGUCCUGGUUGACCUGACAGUGGAGGAGGGUCAAAGGUUGAAGGUCAUCUACGGCUCUUGUGCUGGCUUCCAUGCCAUCGACGUGGACUCCGGAAACAACUAUGACAUUUAUAUCCCCGUUCAUAUCCAGAGCCAUGUGACGCCGCACGCAAUUGUGUUCCUGCCCAGUUCAGACGGCAUGGAGAUGUUGCUGUGCUACGAGGAUGAGGGUGUCUACGUCAACACCUAUGGACGCAUCAUCAAGGACGUGGUCCUGCAGUGGGGCGAGAUGCCCACAUCUGUUGCUCAUAUCUGCUCAAAUCAGAUCAUGGGAUGGGGAGAAAAGGCCAUUGAGAUCCGCUCUGUGGAGACCGGCCACCUGGAUGGUGUCUUCAUGCACAAAAGAGCUCAGAGGCUGAAGUUCCUUUGUGAGAGAAAUGACAAGGUGUUCUUUGCAUCAGUGCGCUCUGGAGGUAGCAGCCAGGUGUACUUCAUGACCUUGAACAGAAACUGCAUCAUGAACUGGUGAAGGAACAGCUGCUCUGGUCAGUGUGUGGAACCCAGGCAGGGUUUGGAGAAGGAAGUGCAUCCGAAAUACUCACAAACGCAUGCACACAAAUGUGAACACCCAUCUAUCUUUCUCUCCAGCUCGCUUGCUCGCACUCACGCACUCAUGCUCGAAAGACACAGCUCUCAACGACACACACAAACACAAACAAUCUCUAAACCCAUCCUAGCCUACACUUCUUAAGAUACAGUUUCUACCGAGGCCCCCUGAUCACAUGCUCCCUGGAAUCACUGAUAGAGCUUCAGAUGUUAAUACCAUCUAUUAAUUUGUACUGUAUAUAUUCUUGUGUUGAUUUUCUUUACUUGGUGGACAUGUGUUCAGUCGUGACAAUUUAGUUCUUAUUUGUGAAGUAUGUUAAAAACAUUCCUUGAUGGUUCUACAGUACAUUUCGAAGAAGGCAUUAUUUACCUAUACUAUAUGUUGAAAUGAAGCUGUAAAUAGGUAGCACCUUACACUUGGAUCUGAAUCAUUCGCAGGCCUCUUAUAUAGCCUCCAUUCAGUGUGUUGCCACCGGACACAUGGACGUUGAAUAAUAAAAUGCUGGAACAUCCAUCUGCAGUGGCUUGUGGACCCCCUUUGUUUUGGGGGCUCCCAUAAAUUCAGGGAGGCUCAAAGGAAGGAUUCAAUACAAAAAAAUAUUUCAAAGGGACUUUAAAGUCAGAACAAAGUAGCUUGUUUUAAAUAUUUUUAGUUAUAUAUUGUAGACAGUAAUCUGCAGUCUUGCUUUCACAAUUUUAUUUUUUUCUGGCCUGUAUGGCAAAUGAUGUUGCAGCUCUUAAUCACGGAAAGUAAGCCUUGAAUGCUUCAAAAUCAAUUUCAGUUUAAAAAUGAAUAAAUAAUAAUAAACAAAAACAAUCAGAAAUUUCAUAAAUGUGCAGUACUCAGAAUCAGUACUGUGAAAUAUCCUGCUUUGCCUUUCUAUGGCUUAGGUGAAACCAUGAGGCUUGUAUCUAAACAUUUUGUUUUCAUAGAUUUACAAAAUACAAACAUUUGUUAUUUAUAUGUAGUGAUUCUGUAUUGGUAUUAGCCUACUGGUAUCCUUAAUUUUACUGUAAUUAUAUUGCUAUUAUAUUGCAAUAUAUGCUAUUCUUGUGGAGUCUUUGUUUGAAGAGGGGAGUUCAUGUAUUUAGCUGGUAGUGUUAGGCAGUAGGAUGACAAAGUUGGAGAAACGUGGAAGGAGGGUUUCACUGAGAUUAACGUGAUUGAGGGAGAUCGGUUUUGGGGUCCUUUCACCCUCCUACCACAGUGAUCUACUCUGCUGUAUUAUAUUUCAGUUCUUAGACUAUUUCGCUAGUGUGGAUCUUUUUGUGAGAAGUGUUUGUCCAGGGGAUUGCAGUAGAACAGCUCUUGGUACAGUUUAUUUGUCUUAGGCCAGGGGGAAGAUUUAAUAUAGAGUGACUCUGCAAUAACACAGAGGACUUCAUCUCAUCAGGCACUGUGGUGAACACAGCUGGAGCACAUGAGACUUAAUAUAUUUUAUAUCUACACAUUCUGCCAAAGUUCACAGCAUAUUCUGCAACUGCGGGGUCACUACCCAAUGUUCCUUUCAGUAUAUAUAUAUCCAAAAACUACUUACUAAUAUUAGGGCUUCACGAUUUAUUAGCUGCUUUUUUAGGGGAAUAACUGUCUGCUUUGUUUUGUCAGCUGCAUAAGGGAGAGACUGUGCUCUCAUACUGUAGGCAGUAUGGUACAGUAUGAAGCAGCGUUAUCAGGAAGUACCCUGGUGAUUUUCUGUCAGCAGAGGGUAUGUCAACACAUGAGUCAAGCUUUUUGUUUCAGUGAUUCACUUAGUUACGACACUGUGCUGCCACAGCACUUUGGUAUUAACAGGUGGACAUUUUUAAAAUCACGAUGUUUUUUUUCUGCACUCCUGUCAUACACCUUAUCAGCAUGGAGUUGUUGGGAAAACAACAUUUUUAACAAGUCUGUUCAUCUUAUAAUUAGUUGCUGACAUGUUAAAGUUAAGAGAAUGAGACUGUAAAUUUGUGUGUGAAAAGCUUUUGGAUAUUAUGAAAGGAAUCUUGGCCAGUGAUGAACGGGAUAGUCAUGCUUUUAAGCUAAGGAGAUAUAUUUUAUAUGAUCAAAAAGAAAUCUAUUAAAAAUGCAGUAUAUGGUCAGGGCCCAGAGGGUUAAGAUUAUAUAAAUAGGUGGUACAUUUUAUGGUGAGAAACAAACUGUAAAUGGGCAUGGAAAGCACUUACACUUCAGUAAACAUUUACAGAUAUACUGUAUCUCGAGCAGAUACUUUGGUGUGCAUGUAAGCCAUUGAAAUAGGUUAUAUAGUACUGUAUCAAAGUUGUUUUCCCCUUUUAGCGAAUGUGUUUUUACUCUUAAAUAUCUGUUAUGUGCCAUGACCUACAUUUCAGAUGUUACAAUUACAAUCCACUAGGAGCUCUGGCGCUCAUGCUUUUUAUGGUCAAAUCAUAAUUUUUUAUCAAUCUGCCAUGUUUACAGUCUAAGCAGUGCCUUGGAAUUGGGAAGGAGAGAGGUUUGAGGAUGGAUUAUGAGACGCCCCCCAGGCACAACUACAUUUGCUCCCUCAUUAUGAUUUAUGUCGGGUGCCAGUUAAGUGCACUUAAGUCAAAUCCAGAAUAUCCUGUAGAUGGACUUGAAAUGCUUUUUUGGCACCACAUAUGUAACCUAAAAUGAUCAACAGACGAUAAUGCAUUCAGAAAGUUGCAAUAACAAAAAAGUUAAUGUGUCCAGUGAAUCCAGUGUAGUAUCGAAAGGAUCUACUCACAGUGGGAGCCAGCAUAGAGAAAAGCCAUACGUAUGAAACGUGUUUGUAGAGAAAAUUUAGUUCUUGUGCACAGACCAGAUUUAACUCUGUGUGUGAUGUCUGCUCAGAAAUUGUAGGUUGCCGCAGCAAAGAUGAGGUAAGCGCUUGUUCUUUAAUGGUGUUGACUAUGUUAUCUUAGUAGUGGGGAUAUUAGCUUGAUAUAUUCUGAGAAGCCUAUUUUAUAAAAUAUGUAAAUUAGUCUAUAUUGAGAAAUAAAAGUACAUCUAUAAGACAGAUUUGUAUUUAUAUAAAAAUGUGUCCUGCUCUAUUAAUCAAAGCACAAUGUAUUUAAGGCAGAGAUCAAAACUAUAAUCGAGCGUAACCGAGAGAUGGAGUUCUUUUUCCUCAUUCACUCAGCAGUUGUCAAACUCGUCAGUAUGUAAUCAGUCAAAGUUGUUGGUGGUAGUAUAUCAAGUAGUCUGCUGAGACAGCUGUGUGUCAAUAACUGCAACAUUUCUGUUGUGCUAUCUUGACAGAAAAAUAAUGUCCGUCUUCUUGUUACCAGAAAGGUCAACUGUGGCUGUGAUUCAGACACUUGUGAUGACUCGCAGAUUGGUGUUUGAUCUGGCCUCUGGUGUAAAUUGUCUACGUGGGGGUGGACAGGCUGUUAAUACGCUCAGGUGAUGACCGGAAUCGCCACACAGGUGGUGAUGCGAAGGGGCGUAAUGGCCCUUGAGUAUUACUGGCUCUUGGCUUUGAGAUUGUGGCACAAACAGGCAGCAUUUAGCGACAUUUACAGAAUACAGGCAAAGACGACUGGCCAAGUGUUUUUGUCACCAAGUAUGAAAGUCUUUAAAGGGGAACUCCGCUGAAUCAGCAAUGCACUUCUGUAACAGUCAGAAACACAAUGGACUCUUUAUAAAACGGAUAUAUCAAAAUGUAUCGUCUUUUUUUAUUCCAUGCUUAUUUCUUGUGAAAAGAACCCAACUAAGCCAAAUCCCUGACAGUUCAGGCAGGGAUUUGGCUUAGUUGCUGAUGUAACUUCGAGAUGCGUGCCUGAAGCAGAGAUGUGGAGCAGCAGGUUACCGAGGUCUGGUAAGAUCACCUUAUAGUGAUAGUAUUCUUCAGCCCCAACAGAUGAUGACUUAUGUGACAUCACAUGAGGCAAUUUACCAAACCCAACCAUUGAUUGUAUGAAGAUGUACAGAUAACAGCUCCCCAAAAGUGAAGCCAAAACAUCUCUAUCGCCCCCUGGCGGCCAAAUUAAAAAGUCAAAUAAAUUGUUCCCAAAGAUGGUUUCUGUCAGUUCUAAUCACACUGAUUUAUGUGAAAGUGUGUGAUAAGUUUGGUUUCAGUAAGUCGUGUGAUGUUAUAAAAAGGGGUUUUGUGGCAUGAUUGACAGCUGAGCCAUGCUCGCUCAAUAUAGUCGGCGGGUGUAUGGGUGGGACCUAAAUACAGUGGCUCCAACUCCGAUCCCAAGUGCGCAGACUCUGGCUCUAAGUGACGUCACCAGUGCAAGAUGGUAGCGCGCGUAUCCGGGAUAUUUUGGUUUCAUUUUUGUACAGUGAGGGGAAGUGGAGAGGCGGCGUUCAUCUUUAUAUGCAGUCUGUGGACCCAACAACACCUGUAAACAGACUUUGAUGUGUAAAAUUGGUGUGGUUCCCCUUUAACACACAUACUUAUGUUGCAUUAACAAAUUAAAAUUAACUAUAUUAACUAAAGUACACAGAAGGCAAAAUACCGUAGCGUCAGACUUGUUUAAAAAUGCCAGGUAUUGCCUGAUGUGUGUUGACAGGUGUUUUUCUGGUUAGCAUUUCACUUAAACGAUUUGACUUAGUAUUUCAAGAAGACCCUUAUUUUACCAAUAAAAAAAGACUGAAAAUGAGCUCCACAUCACAACUAAUGCUCGUGAUAAAUAUCUACUUCUGGUUAUUGGGUGAGGUAAUACAAUAUAUCAUCAACUUGAUUGAGGCAGUCACUUCCAAAGCUUGUUGUCUAAUUUAAUGCAGCAGAAAUUUGUUUAAUGAGUUGCGGUUUGUAACACAGAAGAGUAGUUCUGGUUGUUUAUUUCCUUAAAAGCACCUUAAGGUGUGAAAGUGCUAUUUCAUUUUGUGCCAAGAGCCAUUAAAAGACCAGAACCUUGCAACUCAUUAGUUUUAGGGAAACCAUCUGAUCACAAGCAUGAACCGAUAUGAUUGCUGAAUUCAUGUAACUCGGCUCUGAAGAUGCACACAAUUAUCAGAAAGAAAGAGGCACCACUGAGAUGUUGGUGGAGCGCUGAAGGUGAAGAAAACCAUCCUGAGAGACGGUUGUCCUGUCGGGCGACGACAUUUCUUUUUAAUAAGCAAUACAAGCAUUUGAAAAAGUCGAAACCCUGGCUGUCCAUCUUAGUGUGACUUGCAGGAAGUGAUUCUUCAGUGGCCUUUGGCAGACUGAAUGUAGGCUGGUUUGUGUGUCGCUUGUUACAGAAAUAAUUCUGUACUUAACUUUUGUUUUGUAAUCACAAGAAAUAACUGCUUCUCUCUGUCAGUUUAACGCAAUCACCUUUUGGGAUGCUUGUUCCCGUUUUGCUAUUAUGAAAUCCCAGAAACUGCCUUUAUGAACACUAAGUAUCGAUAAAUGGAUGAUAAAUAAUACUCUGAUGGGGCACUCCUCUCUCAUAGCUUGUAUUUCUAAUUAAUAACGUAUGAAUGGAUUAGCAGCUGUAGCUGGGAGGGAGGCAGAUCAAACCUGGGGAGCUUAAAAACGACAUGGAUCUUUGGACAGAACUACAAAUAUCUAUUAUUCUUUUUUCAAUAACUUUUUUUUAAAGACGGUGAACAUCUUUGCAAUGUUUUAGUGUGCGUGCGCGUGUCUGUGUUACUUGUGAGAGGUUAACUCCAGAUUGUAUUUCAUAGACUGAUAAACUUUAAAAAAUUUCAAAAGAUUGUGUUGAAUGAAUUCAUGUCUUAAUACAGAAUUGUUUGAAAAAUAAAAUGUUGAUCUCAUUUUA